GACAGAGUUAUGUAUGACAGCCUUGCUGCUCACUGAAAGAACAAGGGACAGAGAAAAAAGUCUGUGCGGCUGAGCACUAGAAAUACUGUGAGGCGGAGGAAGGAAGAUAUAGCGUGAGGGUGAGAGAAAAAAAUAGAGAAAAUAUAUGGAGGAGGAGAGCUCAGCCACAGGGGGAGUGUGUUCUGAAAAACCAGGCAGAAUUCAGCCGCUGGUGAGCCUGAACACCAAUCCUCUCCCUUCUGCCACAGGCUGGGAGGGAUUGAGACAGGAUUUCCAUUGGGUUCUUCCAGGGAGUGAUUUAGAGAAGAGCCCAGGGCUGUUGAUUAGGAUUUGUAGCUUUAUGUAGGGAAUAUGCUUGAGAGGAUUUGAGUAUGCUGUUUGCUGUUAUUGCAAAUUGCACACAGUAGUGUCUGCGACGUGGAGGCUCAGUCUGCUGGUUAGUGUUGGCAGUGCUGCACCCACCCCUGCUGCUGGGGUUGUUUGGGGGCUAUGUUUCUGACUGACUAGGGCAGGAUCACCCACAUGCAGGGCAGAGGCUGAAUGGGAGGUAAAGAGUGCAACUAACCAGCAUGGGAGCCAAACAGAUGAAAUGCCUCAGUUCAGCCAGCCCUGCACACUCCCCUAAAGAAGAAUACAUCAUCGCUCAGUCCACAGACACUCCUAAAGAAGUAUUUAUCUCAGCUCAAUCUGAAGACCACGCCGAGCCUGGAGAUGACAAAUCAGAGUUGACGGAAAGGAAAUCUGAUACAGUCUGUCUCUGUUUAUCUGUCCAUGCCUCCAUCUCUCCCUCUGUCUGUUUGUCCGGCUGUCCGUCUGUGUGUCUGUGCCCUCCAGAAGAGGUGUUGUCUCUCUGUGGCCUGUGUCCGACCCCGGGGCAUAGUGGGCCAGAGGAGGAGAGAUCAUGGGAGGAGCAGCUGGAGUGUCACCAGGAGCAGCUGGAAAAGGAGAUGCAGGAGGCCAGGAGGAUGGUGUUCCGUCUACAGGCUCUACUGCUGCACGGCUCUCUCCCUGAGGACGAGCAGGAUGUCUCCAUGGGCUUCGGGGAUAGCAGGGCUAACUCUGAGCAGCAGCUGGUUCUAAUCCGCAGUCGUCUGGACCAAAGCAUGGAGGAGGCUCUUGAUCUGAAGAGGGAGCUUCUGAGGCACAAGCAGGAGGCACGCCACCUUCAGGCCAUUAAGGAUGCUCUUCAGCAGCGUAUGUCUGUACAGGAGGCUGCGGUGCUGCAGCUGAAGCAGGAGCUACUGAGGUGCAGUAUGGGCAAAGAACAACUGGAGGGGGAGAACGCAGAGCUCAAACGGAAGUUGAGCGAUCGGAACAAACUGCUCAGUGAAUAUGAGCAGAAACUUGGAAAAAAGGAUAGACUACUUCAGCAACAGCAAUUGAAACUGGACGAUGCUCGGCACAACUCUAAUGAAGGAAGCCAUAGGUCAUCUAGGAGUGAAAAGAGUGGGUACAGUAACUCUGUGGGCCCACCCCCUGGUCCGGCCUUCCAACACACAGCGCAGGGGGAGGAACUGCAGCUGGUAAGGGAGGCCCUGCGUAGUCUGAGGGAUGGCUUCUCAGGUCACGACCCUCAGCAUCACACCCUGGACACACUGGAGCAAGGGGUGGCCAGUCUCAUGGACCGCCUAUACACACUCGACACACGCCGCAGGCAGCAGGACAGAGGGGGUCAGUACAAGUCACCAGGACGAAGAGCCAACCCCACAGACAGGGACUCAUGGCCACCCAGCUCAAAAAUAGCUCACUCCCACAGUAGCCCUGGCCUGGACUCCACAGUCUCCACUAAAGUCCUCUACUUCACUGAUCGCUCACUCACUCCUUUCCUGGUCAACAUCUCCAAAAGGCUGGGGGAGGUGACUCUGAGAGACUUCAAGGCAGCGGUGGACCGCCAGGGUAGCUUCAGGUACCACUUCAAAGCCCUCGACCCAGAGUUUGGGACUGUGAAGGAGGAGGUGUUCCAGGAUGGAGCGCUGGUGCCUGGCUGGGAGGGGAAGAUAGUGGCCUGGGUGGAGGAGGACCAUGGAGAGAGACGGUAGAAGUGGGAACCAACCAACCAUAGAGGGAACCACUAGCCUCAAACUGUGACCCCUGGACUAUGAUGCCAUAACACCCUCUCAGUAUUCACAGCAGCCCUGCAGAGGUAGCUAUUAUAACAAUUGGGAUCAAUCUAUUUAUUACUGUUUCGAGAUGAAACCAUACUUUCAAAAAUGUCUCUUUCCUAUGGACAUUUGACUUACAGUAACUGUUUGAAGUACAAGUUCUAGUUGCCAAAUAUGAAUGAAUACAAUUUUUACGUUUUAAUAAACAUGGAUUACUGCAUGAA